AAGAAAAGUGUGUGAAGAAAGGGGGCGGAGUUAUAUUUAGAGGCGUGGCUUGCAGAGAGAGAGAGGCGGCCCUCUUCCAACUUAGUCCGCCAGCUUCUUGUUCAGCCAGGCAUUUGAACACAGGAUACUGACUUGAUCACACACACUCAUUCCCUCGAACACACACACACACUGUGACACGCAUCCACACACACACUGUGACACACACACACACACACGGACUGACACCGGUGUGGAGUAUCAGCGCAGGGAGGAACGGACGCACGCGGGAGUGCACCUGUCCUGCACGCAGAGUGAAUCCUCAGAGGCUCAUAGACUGAGGAUCUGCCCGGACGUCCCUAUGUGUGGAUGGGACCAAAGUUACACGGCGACCUCUCAAAGCUCGGCCAUGUUGACCAGUGAGGGGGCGCACACCAUGGAGCAGGACGACACGCGACAGGAAGCAAAGAUGGCGUCCGCCGCCACCACGGCAUCCGGUUCAGACGGCGGCGAGACGACGCAGGCGGACUCGGACGUGGACAUGGAGCUGGACGUGGAGGAGGCAGACAUGACCCGCUGGACGGAGGGAGAGUUCGAGGAGAAGUGCACGUACAUCGUCAAGGAUACGGCGUGGGAGGCGGGGGCAGACGGUGACGCGGUGACGACAUCCACGACCAGAGCUGAGGCGUCUCUGCCCAGGAACCUGGCCUUCAAACACCCGGCUGACAGCAAGGAGGUGGUCGGCGUUUGCAGCAGGGAGUACAUCCCCAAAGGAACUCGCUUCGGUCCCCUGGUGGGCGAGAUCUACACGGCCGACAGCGUCCCCAAAGACGCCAACCGCAAGUACUUCUGGAGGAUCUACGUGGAGGACGAGUUCCACCACUUCGUGGACGGCCUGGAUGAGACUCGCUCCAACUGGAUGCGGUACGUGAACCCGGCUCACUCGGCGGCGGAGCAGAACCUGGCGGCGUGUCAGAAUGGCAUGGAGAUAUACUUCUACACGGUGAAGCCCGUCCCCGCCGGCGCCGAGCUCCUCGUCUGGUACUGCCACGACUUCGCCCGAAGACUUCACUACCCGCCAUCCGGAGAGCUGAUGAUGCAGAAACUCAAGCAGUCCCUCUUGGAGGUAAAGCAGCAUCAGGUGACCAGUGAGGACCGAUCAGUCGAAGCCUCCAGUCCAACCACCGUUGCAGUCACACCCAACCCGCCCAAGAGAGAGCACAGCGUCCUCUCCAUCCUGCGCGGCACCUCCUCCUCCCCGUCUACAAAGAGGGAGCCCAGCCGACCACUCCCGACACGCCCAAGAUGUGCCGACAGCCCCGAGCGCCCCGUGUACCCCCGUGCCCUUUACCCGGCUAUCAGGACCCACCAUCACAUCCCUGAAGACUUCCUUAGCCACAAGCCUGGACAUAUUGGGUACCCAGUGACUCGUUCCCCUGGUAAUCAGUCUUCAGCAACACCCAGUCCAUCAGCGAGGAGCAGCCCAGAAAGCAGCCCUCAUGGGAGCCCCUCAGGUCCAUCCCCGGCUUCUUUCUACCCUUCCAGAAUGGGGUCCUUCCCAGGGUACUCUCCACCAUCCGCCCCUCUCUCCUCAUCCUUCUACCCUCCCGGAGCCCCCUACCCACGCUACCUCCUGCCGCAUCCCUACCCUCUGCCUGGUGGUGGCGUCCCUACCGUUGGAGGGAUCUUCCCCAGGAUGUACCCUCUCUACAGCAGCCUCAUGCCCCAUCAUGUCCCCAUCCUGCCGUCAGACACAGCAGGGAGGCCCUUCAUGAUGCCCGACCCAGGCCGCCCUUCCUCCAUCUCCUCCAACAGAGACUUCUUCCUCCCUGGGCCCACCAGUGCCUUCUCAGCCGCCACGUCUCUGAAGGACAAAGCGGGGCCUCACCACCCUUACUCUGGGCACCACCCCCAUCAUCAUGGACCUUCCCAUGCGCCGUCCAGCGGCUCCCCAACAGCAGCCACAGCACCUCCCAAUGAGCGGGUGGCCACCAAGCCUACCUCGGCCCUGCUGGGUGAUACAAGCGAUGACGAGGCCAUCAACCUGUCCAAGGUGAAGCGGGGCAUCGGCUCAGCCGGGUACAAGGCGCUGCCGUACCCGCUGAAGAAGCAGAACGGCAAGAUCAAGUACGAGUGCAACGUGUGCAGCAAGACCUUCGGACAGCUGUCGAACCUGAAGGUUCAUCUUCGUGUGCACAGUGGAGAAAGGCCUUUCAAAUGUCAGACCUGUAACAAAGGCUUCACCCAGCUGGCUCACUUGCAGAAGCACUUCCUGGUCCACACUGGAGAGAAGCCACAUGAAUGCCAGGUUUGUCACAAGCGCUUCAGCAGCACCAGCAACCUGAAAACUCACCUGCGCCUCCACUCAGGGGAGAAACCCUACCACUGCAAACUCUGCCCGGCCAAGUUCACCCAGUUCGUCCACCUUAAGCUGCACAAGCGCCUGCACUCUCGUGAGCGUCCGCACAAAUGCCCCCACUGCCACCGCCACUACAUCCACCUGUGCAGCCUGAGUCUCCACCUGAAGGGAUACUGCAUGGCGGCUAACCCCGGCAGCGCGGCCGUCACCAGCCAGGCGGCGGCGGACGAGGUGCAGCGCGCCAACGAAGAGAUCGAGCGCUUCGACGUCAGCGAGCACGCCGAGCGCUUGGAGCAGCUCCAGGGAGGAGUCGAAGUGGAGGCCAUGUUGGAGAAGCAGGUCUUGGGGAUGCUGUGGAGGGAGACCGAUCUAAAGUCGUCCCACUUUCACCCCCACCACAAAGCAAGCCCAACUGAGCUUCUGUCCUCGGGUUAUGGAGUAUACGAGUCCCCGAAUGAGACGUCGGUCAUCAAGAUCCGACGCAGCAGCCCUGUUCAUCCGCUUCCUGUCAACGUUACCAUCAAGCAGGAGUCGGAGGAUCACGCUUAAGUGACCUUCAGACCAAGAGACAAAGAGUCUUCAUGACUCAAGGUGGACUGGGUUGCAAGGAGCAGCAUUUGUAAAUAUGAUUUCUGUACCUGGUUGUCAUCAGGAGGGACGUCAUGAGAACUCCAGGUUUUUCAACCUAUCAGGGACUCACGUACUCAGGGCUCAAGAGACACUGUCCCAUGACUACUUAGCAGUUUAUUAUACUUAGAGACAAUCAUCUACCCAGGACUUACCUUUAAUGUAAUUAAUAUAAUGCUAUUAUCAUUAUUGUUGUUGAAUAAUUUGGUCUCUAUUUUCAAACGCU